AUGUCAACCACCGAGAGCGACGCGACGGCUCCUGCUGUGCAGUCAUCCUUGUUCGGUACCGUUUCACCCGAGCCGACUGCGCCGCCAGCAAUGGAUUCUGCCGCCGAAGGCGUUGGUGCAGAUGCCGAGCAGUCGCUCCAACCAAGCAAAGCAGAGUCUAGGGUUUGCGGUGUAUGCGGCACUCAACCGGGCAGGUAUAAGUGUCCCCGCUGCUCCGUCGCCUGCAACAAGCAACACAAGGAAAACCACCCGCCCGAUCCCCCCAAACCUAACGCUCCCUCCCCCAAUGCUCUCAAUAACAACAAAACCAACUCUCCCGCCGAAGGGGAAGACCCCUACAGCAUCCUCCUCGAACAUCGCGAAACCUUCCAGCGCCUCUUUGCUAAAUACCCCUCCCUCCCCUCCGCGCUUACCCGCAUUCACGAAAUUACGCUCCCGCCCUCCGACAACAAUAACAACUCCUUCGCUACUAGUUUCUCCUCGAUCCCCGGCGUCGCCGCCAAUACGUCGCGCAACAGGACACAGCCGUGGACGAAAGACAUCGGCCUGCGCAAGGGCGCGGAAGCGCUGCGCAGGGCCAGGACCGACCCCAGUGACACCGGGGACGGGGUGCGCGAGUUCUGCGACCUCGUUCGCUUUCUCCUGUCUAAGAGAGGGGAGAAAGGGCGGGAGCUGGUGAGGAGGGUGAGAGAGGAGGUGACGGCAGAGGAGACGAAGGUUAUCGAGCGGUUGUUGAAGGAGGAGCGCGGGUGA